GAAUUAAUGUUACAUUUUUACAUAAAUGUUUAUGCUUUACAGUUGGCGUUUGCAAUGUGGCUUCUUCUCGGCGAUAUAUGACCAUUUUGUGUCGAUUCGCCGUAAAACCCAACUCACUUCAAGAAUUAAUGUGUCUUACCUUAAUGAAACACAGAUAAUAAAAAGCACCUGUUAAACACCCUUUAUUUCAGGAACAUGCUACAGAAACGUGGUGAGAUGGCACAGAUGAAAGCCCAACGCAAGGAGAACCAGCUUACCAAGCUUCUACUGACCGUGACCUUCACCUUUCUACUUCUCAUUGCACUGCAAUGUAUCACCCAGUGUUUCUUCAUGCUUCAACCGGAGUUUUCAGACACAAAGGUGGUCAGUGAGUCAUAUGCCAUUGCCAAGCUUGGCAUUGUCAUCAACUCAUCAGUCAAUGUAUUUCUGUACUGCGUGUCUGGAAAGAGGUUCCGCCGGGAAAUGCGUCUCUUUCUCUACAGCAUCAUGGGUUGCAAGUUCAUGGUUCCACUCCCGGAUGCCAGCGACAUAUCCUCAAUGGGCAGACGCAACACAAGCAGUCUGAGUGAAGCUGGGAGCCAGAAUGGCAGUCAAUCCAGUCUGCCAACAAUCUUCAGGAGGAUGGACACACCUCUAGAGAAACUAGCGGAAUAGUUACACCUCUGAGUGUAAAAUUAUGAAGUAAACAUUAAACAACUUCUACUGUAGAUUACAAACCUCCAAUCUGCAAACAUAUUACAGAUCCUUGUAAAACAAAAUUUAUAUAGUUAAAGAUGUCUCAUUAAACUCUACCAAACUGAAUCAACUGAACAAAAUUAACCCUUAGCCUGCUAAAUUUCAAAAAUGGACUGGUCAA